CACGGAGGCACCAGGCUAAAGGCUAAAGGAGCUCAGAGGCUGUAAUCCCCGGAUGAAACCAUCAUGGCUGCCACUCGCUGAGCUGUCAAGCUCUCCACAAAAGAAAAGAGACCUGGAAAACCAUGGAAUCGGUGGAUACGUGCGCAGCCCCCUCCACGGGGGACAGCAAACGGUGCGUCAGCAAGAAGACCAGAAGCGUGCACAAGCGGCUUCACCUCAGGAAGACUGCCGUUCAGCCCCCGGCUAUGCAAAACGAAGAUAAGAAUGGACCAAAGAAGAUAGCGGAGGAGUGGGAGCAGACGGUGGUGUGGCCUUUGUCAAAGAAGCCUCGCCAGGAAGCGCAGCAGAGUCGGCCUGUGACGGACGGCGGCGGAAACACACUCAGGUUCACAUGCUCUCAAUGCAAGGACAACUCGGAAUAUGCACAAAGAGACUUAGCCAAACACUAUGAGGAAAAACACAGAGGGACUCCCCCGGUCUUUUCCUGUCAUAUGUGUACUUUUAGCACGCACGAGUUCUCCUACCUUCAGGUUCACCUGUUAAGCCACGAGGACACGUUUCCCAGCUGCAGCCUGUGCAAUGACAACGUUCAGCGCACGUGGCCUGAAUUCAGCGCACACCUCACCAUGCACCAUUGCUCGAACGGGAAAUAUUCAUGCGAAAUAUGCUGCAAGUUCUCCACCGGAGAAGUCGCCGUGUUUUUAGAGCACGUUUUUGGACACAAUUUGGUCCUGGACGACGGCGACGAUCCUUCGCUGCUCAAAAAGGACAAGAACCAACCUUUACGCUGCCAGUACUGUGGCUUUGAAGCAGCUCAUAAAUGGGUAAUAACCAAGCACAUUAAAGCCGCCCAUCUUUGCCCGAACGGCAGCCAGAGGAAAAAGACGCGGGAGGUUCAGUCCAUAGCAAUAAAGUCCAAUGACCCCAUCCCAAGAAUGAACUCCAGAUUAACAAGAAGUGCCGUCAGGGAAAUGUGCUGGCUGACACAGGACUGCCUUUCUCUGCCAGGGAGAGAAUUCCUGGACAAAUACUGCCAUCUGUCUAAUCCACAAACAACACUAGAAGAGACCCAACAGUUUUUGAUGAAAUCUGUCGCUGGUGAAACCAACGACCAGACAUGGACCAAGGCCCUUAAAUCCGUUUUGUCAAAUGUUCCCCAAGAUAUGAGCCUCCACCCGAAGUCGGACAACGGCAUCAUGUCCAACCCCUCGGAUCUCGCUGUCCUUACCGUCAAGAACCAGAUCACUGUGGCUCAGAAUGGCGCCACGUACGCUAAAAGACUGAGAACUGUGACCCCCACCGACAGGGGAAGCGUCUGUCCUGAAAGCGCUGCCGGGGACCCCCCGUGUGCGGCUGACCAAAUAGUCCGCGACUCAAAUUCAAAGGAUCCGAGUCCUUGUCUGCAGGCCGAAAACAAAAUCAACAACGGCGGCGAGUUGUCUGCGCAGAGUGAGUCGUCGCAAUGCACUGGAAGGCAGGAAAACCGAGAAAACCACAAAGUGGCGACGGAUGAGGGAACAGAGGGCCGAGACGGAACCGCGGACUGCGGCGGGAACCAUUUACCCAGUGAUCUGAAAUCAGCAAACAAAGGUGAAGAGAAGAUGCCGGCUCGCAGAGUCUUGCCGAGGAGCAGGAGACGCAGUCGACGGCGGAAAAGAAAAGCCCGAAUCAAAAAGCCAUCAAAGGCAAAGGGGGACUUCCUAAAAAUAGUCCUGAAGAAGAACCCGGUGAUGGGGAAGCAAUGGGUGUCACAGAGCCCCCUGUCGCCAUCAAAAGACGGACCGCCAAACCCCAGUGUAGCAGGGGACCAGACUGAACAGACCCCGCAGAAUCCAGCGAGAGCGACUAGUCCAGAAAACGGGACCAACGGUUCCGUGACCGACCCACCUGAAGCCAUAACCUCAAGUCUGCAACUAGAGCCAGUUAAAGAGUCGGCCCUCAGCUGCUCUGGAGUGCCAACAGAGCCCGGACGCGCCGCCGAAAACCAGACCGGAGACCGCCAUGGCGCCCUCGAAGAAAUGCGGGACGACGCAGAGAGGCCGCCACUCGUCCUGCAGACCGAAGCCGACCGGAGAAGGCUGACCGUCGAAACCAGCCGGACGAAUCCAGAGGACGCGGCGUCGGGCGAGGAGUCGCCGCGGCUCCAGAGGGGCCACAGUGGCGCCGGCUGUCCCACGACGGACGGUCAGAAGAGUCCAAGUGCUAAUAACGAAGUGCCUCCUCCUGACGGCAAGUCCCCGCCUGUUCUCAAAGCCGCAGCCACACCGGAGGGUAAGAGGAACAGGGGCGACUCCGGCCUUGAGCCUUCAUCCAAGCAGAGCAUCCGGACUGUUGAGGAUGCAUGCUCCCACCCCGAUCCCCCCAGCAGCGUCCGCUCCCCCGUAGGCAAAGCCAUCCAGGAGGCGCCCGCAGCAGCCUCUUUGAGCCGGCCGCAGCCGGCCCCAAAGCACCAGGAGAGGACCCUGAAGUUAGUAGCCAUAAACCCCUCUCAGCUGGUCAAGCGUCCAGCGGGGGACCAGCCCGUCGUGGUGCUGAACCACCCGGACGCCGACAUCCCCCAGGUGGCCAGGAUCAUGGAGGUAGUGAAGAGGCACAGGGAGGUCCGGAGGGUGGUGCUCUCCCGGAGGACCCUGGACGCCCUGGCGGCCCUGAACGGGGAGGCGGGCGAGGCGAGCGGAGGCAGACACCCCGUGCAGGAGAGGUUCACCCUCAAGCUGAAACUACGCAGGCUGAGCAGGAAAAAGUACGAGAUAGUGGGCGCCGUCUCCGCCGACGGGGACUUCGAGUCCAAGAUUCCCUGCUGGUACUGCGGCAGGGCCUUCAUGAGUCAGGAAACCAUGAUGGCCCAUCAGCAGCGGCACCUGAUGGAGUGGAAAAGGCCAAGCUGUGAAAACUCUUAAACGUUGCACACACUGGAUAAAAAUGUCUGGAAAAACAAACGGACGCCUCGCAGUACAACAAAAACAAUAAUGGAAGUCCCCCCUCACCUCCCCCUCUCUGUGUGUGUGUGUGUUUUAAAAAAAAAGGUCUUAAUUACUUUGAGUUAAUGUUGACAAUCUGAUUUGUCAUGCUUCCUGGAGGACUCACACUCUCAGGGUAACUGGAUAUUUACCUGUCGUCUCUCCUCCAGUCGAGUAGCCUAAUGCAAGUCCUUUGAAUACGAGUAAUUAUUUGUAAAGCCACAAGAAAUGGGAUGUUGAUAAUUUGGUCCUCUGUAUAUUUUAUAUUUUGUCGACGCGAUAGCUUUAUUUAAGGUGAUUUGAGUACACUGUCACAUGGAAUCUUUUAUAGAACACUGUAAUAUGUAUAUUUGCCAUACCGCCUGUUUUAUGGAUCAGUUUGUGUACGGGUAGAACCGACGGCGCCCUCGCCGUCAUAUUUAUUGUUUCUGGAAUGGGUUGCGAACACCCACAAUUCACUCAGAUAUACCAAAACUGUGUUUAUUUUUUAUCUUUUGGAGAAAAAAAGGAGAAAAAAAAAGACAAUAAGCUGUUUCGUUCAACAUUUAUUUAUGACGCUUAGAUGUUUAGCCUAUGUAUGCUUCUAUUAUCCUUUUUUUUGGGUCAUAUUUUGGGCCUUUUAGAGGAAUCAGUGUAUUUGUAAAUUCAGUUUUUCAUUCAUUUGUAAGAGCUAGAGAUUAUGUUCAGAAAAUAUAGUAUUACAUGAGAGUUAUAUUUUCAUCACUUCAUUGAGAGGGUGCUAACAUCCCUAUGGACCCAGUUCAUGUUUUAAAAGAAAGGAAGUUAAUUUAAGAAAUUUGGAUUUUUAAAAUUGAAGAGGCUGAGAUGUUUCUUUUGGCGGGCGUGUCCUCCGUUGACUUGAAAUGCCGAUAAUCUUGUUUUUUUUUUGUUCUUUUUGUUUUUUUUAUUGCACUAUUCCAUUUCCCAUUACCUCACCCUACCAGGCCCGAGGCCUCGACAAUCUCAAGCAGUGUCCCGCUGUGGUGUCACAUUUCCUUAUUUAAGCCGCGAUCCCUCCGUAUUCAGAAGGGAUCUUCGACUCCACUGUGUGUUUGCGUGUGCGUUUGUGCGAGAGAAAGAGACAGAUUGAAAGUCAAGGACCAUUGGAUGGACGUAUCCCAAUUUCUCAAGAAACUAAGUAAUGCUUCUCAAGAUGAGAUAAAAAUAUAUAUAUAUAUAAAAAAAGAUUUGUUUGUACAUAGUCCCAUUAGAGGUACUGUAAAAUAUUACCUGAGAAUCUUCACCAAGUGCCUGGUCAUUUCUGCUAUGCAACAAGUGUGCAGGAUAGCAUUACUCAUUGAACAGAGAAAGAAAUGGAAGAGUUUUGUCUGUUCAUGGAGACAUUUUUGUUGUUGUUGUGACUGAAAACCUGUUCAGGGUUGAAAAAUAAGUUUUCCUACAAAAGAAACAUACAAUCAUGUGUUUUUUUGUCCCUGAGACAGAAGGGCCGUGCCGCUGCUCCCUUUUGCCACAGCGGCACCGUCUCAUUCCUUGCAUUCAUUUUUCUUAUGCUGUUUACUGAUUUAGCGUGGAAAAGAAAUCUUAAUAAAAACCGCU